AUGAAGAGGCCUUAUCAAUUGGUAGUAUUAGCUUUGCUGGCUUCGAGUGCUGUAUCAUUAGCACAGACUACACAGCAGUCAUUUGCAGAUAUGUCAAAGCUGCGUGGUUUGAAGAAUGAAUCAUAUAUCCAACCGCAAGAUCAUUUGGUUUCCAGUGCUCUCGUUAGAUAUCGACGACUGGAAGGAACUUCAACUGAAGCUGAUGCAUCGGCACAGGCCAAUCAAGUUGGAGCAUCGGUACGCAAGGCGAUUAAACAACUUCGAGGAGGAACUGACAAAUUUUAUCAAGAUCUCAUUACUGCCGUAAAGAUCACAUUGUGUGAGCAAAAUUUGGCAAAAAAUAAAAUUCGCUUUGUCAGUUGUGAUGCUGAUAAUGCGUACAAAGACGACAAUGGCGAUCCUGAAAGACUUCCUGUCACGUCUUUGACAGAUGAUGAGACAGUAAACGCUUACAAUCAGGGACUUUGUGAAGUCGCUCCCAAUUGCUAUUGGGCUGAAAUUGUAGACGGAGAUACGAGUCGUGCUAAAAUGUAUGCAUAUCCAGAUAGCACUAUGGAUAGUACUGCAGCUACGGCUAAAAUCAAAGAGUGGGCGACUGGAGUUAUUGGUUUUGUGAUUCCAGGCAUUGUUUUGGGUGUUUUGAGUCUUUUGACCAUGGUCUUUUUCUUGAUAUGUCGCUGCUGUUGCAACCGAUGUGGCGGACGAUUUCCACGUGAAGAGGGAUACAAGUGCAUGGAAAAGUUUUUACCCUUGCUCUUCUUUCUUCUCUUUGCAAUUGGAGUUGUGGUAGUGUCUGCAGCAGCCUUUCUGUAUCGUGGUACUAUGCUUGUUGCCGUUGAUGACCUUUUCAAUGCGACAUCUGGUACAUUAGAAAAUGGCAGCGAGUGGAUCGCGAACAUUCGCACACCACUUGUUGAAAUUGCGGCAACUGUCGUCGACUCUGCAGAUGAUAUUAAGGUCAAGCUGGACGGUACAGAUUUUAUUGAUACCGGGUUGACGGACCUCACUACAAAGCUUGAAGACUUUGGUGAUAAAUAUUCGACUGCGCCAAAGUUUCCAGCGAACUGCGUACCUGAUCCUUCGAAAACGAACGCAGAAGCAGAUGGUGAUCCUUGUUACGAAUGUAAAGCAUGCACCGCUAUCGGAACAAAAGCACAAGAUGCUGCAACACAAGUGAACAAGAAUGCAGGGCCAGGCAGUGUUCAAAGUGCAGUGGACGCUCAAGUGAGUAUGGCUAACACAUUGAUUACAACAGUUGAUAAUACGCAAGCGGAUGUGGAUGGUUACGAUUCUCAAUUUCAAGGCUAUCGAGAUCAACUUGGUUAUGCAAUCAUGGCAUUAUUUGCUUUGGCUCUUGUCGUCAUUGUCGUUGGUUUUAUUGGAAUACUUUUUGGUCUCACACCCUUGAAACUUCUUGCCAAUAUAAUGCACAUCGCUUACUUCUUUGGAUUUUUCGCUCUCAUUCUUGUAUUUAUCAUCAGUGCUGUUGUCCUAGCGAUCGGUGUCGUAUUAGGUGAUGCAUGUGAAGUCACAGCAAUCUUUUCCUCCAACUGGACAGUGCCACUGGGUGAUUCUGCCAAAGCUGUGGAUGCGUGCUUUCAAAAUCAAUCUCUGAUCGAUGUGUUUAAUCUAUCGGACAAGCUUAGUUUUGCUCGCGGUGGAAUAGAAUUUCCAAAACUUGACGUCUCUGCGAUGUUUGAUUUUUCGGAUUUGGACGCCCUUGAAACCAGCACCAAUGAUAUUGAUGAAGGUUCAUUCGGUUUUGACAAAGCCGCGUACAGCUCCUUGGUGACGACUUUUAAUAGUUACGCUGUACAGACUUCCCCAUUGUGUAACCCAGCUGGUAAUGGGUAUCAGACAACUGAGCAUCUUCGCAAACCGUGGCUAGCGAAUAAUCAGCCACAGCCAGGCUCUGGUACGGAAGCCGAUUACAUUGAGAAUUACUACAAAAGUUACGACAGCUCGUGUACGAACAAUAAUCCGAACAGUAAUACUCCAAAUUUCGGAAAAGCGUAUGCCUGCGCGACUACACCUCAAUGCGCUUUCUCUGUAUUCAUGAGGGAAAAAUAUACCGUCAUCCUCCCUCUUGCCACGUUAAAGGCGAGUAUGGAGUCUUUUAAAGCUGAAUUAAGCAGCGACGUAAACGGUAUCACAUCAACUUCGGACACUUUCGAAACUAAAACGAAGAAAUUAAAUUCAGACAUUGAAGGCAUCAAAGCUCAGCUCGACAGCAGUCUUAUUGGAUAUGUUGGCGACUUUGAGGAAGCCAUGUAUUGCACAUUUAUUGCGGAUGGCUUUUGGACCAUUUACGACGCACUUUGUGGCGAUCUCAUGCCGUCGAUUACCAUGAUCGCACUGAUGCUGUUCUUGUGUGGCAUUUUUCUCAUGCCAGUAAACGUCUGCCUUAUCAUCGGAGUCAAGCGCUUGAAAGCACAUGGCAACGGCAAUAUCAUGGAUGCCGAAUUUAAGUUUAAGUAG